CAGCGUCUCGGCUCUUCCCCCUCAAUGCCAGCGCCGCCCCUGGAGCGCCCUGCCCGAAUCCGAGAUGGCUACCGCAAGCACGGGGUGGCACUCUAGCUGCCGCCAGUGCCUCUCUAUAGCCAGGGAGGGACUCUCUAGCCGCGUCCUCCUUGAUUUUUGCCCAAUACCCCAUCAGGGGAGGCACUCUAGCCGCGGCUCCGCGCUUCUCUAUGGUCCCCGUGGGGCACCUCCUUCUGGCUAGGCUCAGCAGGGGACACUCUAGCCAGGGCUUUAUCCGUUCCGGGACGGGGGGCGCUCUAGCCGGAGACUCUGUGGCCAAGGAGGCCGGUUUGCGGAGGCGAUGGAGCUGGCGCUGGGGUUCGGGUUCGAAUUCGAGGAUUCGAUGUUCGCCCGGAGCAGGGACAGGGGCCGGGGCGGCGGCUGCGCGGCCUACACCGCCAAGCGCUGCGAGCCUCAGGGGGAAAAAAAGCGAAAAUGACUGUGAAUGCAACAUUUUUAAAAUUCAGAAAACCAAGAAUGUGAAUCAGGAAAUUGAAAAGUUUAGAUUUCUACUCUAUUUGUUGACUAUACACUUCAGCCUGCCAGUACUUAAGUGGUUUUGUGAGGAUGCAAACAGCGAGGACGAUGUUGAAAUUCUAACUGCCAAAAAAUUCAGAGGUGAUUUGGCAUACAGACAACAAGAGUUUCAGAAAGCCCUGUAUGAGUACUCGAGCUGCUUGCUACUGUUACCUUCCAGUAACGUUGCAAUGAGAAGAGAUGUCCAAGAGGGCCAGGCUCGGUGUUUAGCUCACCUAGGAAGGCACAAGGAGGCUCUGGAUAUCGCAGAAAAACUGAGAAAUGGGGCAACUAACACAGAUCAUUUAACAACUGUCCUCAACCUGCAGUUUGCCAUUUAUUGUCACCUGAAAAAUAUAGAGAAAAAGAUCACAUGCCUACAGCAACUGAUUUCCUUACAUCCUUUUAACCCAUGGAACUGGAAGCUACUUGCUGAGGCUUAUAUGAGCUUUUUACAGACUCUGCCUCCGUCAUUCAUUUCAGAAAUGAAACUUGUUCAAUGCAAAGAUUGUACUGCAAUUGACCAAGUUUUCCAAACCUCACCAGGACUGUUUGGAAAAGAAAUGAACCUUCAAUGUCACAAAACGCUCAGCGGGAGAGAAGACGUUUGGUCAACACUUUCUAUAAAAACAACCAGAGACAACUCAGUAUCUUACAGUGAUAGCCACAUGGUAGAGGGAUCCCUCCAUAUCACAGAAGAAUGUGAAACACGGGACAAAAUGAAACAUGCUACCUUUGAGUUCUGGGGACAGGAAGCAUUGAAAGAUGUUUGGAUAAAGGCAUGUGCCUCCUUUGUUAGAACAAGGCUUUUACUUCAGAUUACACAGUUGCAACAGUCAUCCUUUGCUCUGGAGAAGAAUUUAAAGGUUCAGCGGGAAACUGAAGACAAAGUAAAAGGUUUUGGUUUAAAGGAAGAAUCCUUGUUAUUGAUUACUGAGGUUAUGGGAGAGGAUCUCAUUCCAGAAAAACUGAAAGAGGAUGUUCAGGGAGAGAUAAAAUGUGUAGGCCCUUCAGCACUGACAUCCUUGGUAACUACAUCAGCUAUAGAAUUUGAAGGCAAAUGGUUCAAAAAGCUCCAAGACAGUUUGUCACUUUGACAGACAAUUCUUCCCAGAGAUAGAUAGAUAUAUAUAUAUAUAUAUAGAAUAUUCCAGCAUAAGUAAUUUACAGGCUAUUGUUGUAUUUAUUUUUUUAUCUUCUCUACCUCUAGUGAUGACGGAAUAACUUUUAUGGAAUAAAGUUCGUAUUACUUUAUUUUUAAAGUAACGUGAUUCUAUAUCUUUUAAGAACAUUGGCUGCAUUUAUAAUCCUCAGUCUCCUUGCAUACUUGUUGGCUUUUUCUUUCUGUGCUACAGCAUUUCCAAUAGACGUAACAGAUCCAGUUUAAAACUGGGCCACGGCAAGUGACGUUCUUAGCCUUCAAAGACAUAUUGCAACACUGAACAUCACAAAGUUUACUUUUUGGGCACACCUCACCUAGGAUUUCUUUGCAGCUCUGAAGUCCUUAGGGGAAUCUCACCACAAAUAUCUAGCCUGAAAUUUCUUCAGUAUUUGGUUUUAUCUUGCUGUAUUUAGAGCUGUGGAAUUAGCAGUUUCUUAUUUUAAACUCUGGUGGGUUUGUUUUUAAAAUUAGUAUUUCUUUAUAAGUAGAGAGAUUUCUACUAUUCAAAUUCAGAUAGCUGGGAACCUUAAUAUAUUAAGUUGUAUUCAGAAUAUUUUCAAUAAGGAGCAACUCUCUGACUUUCUAAAAAUGUAAUGCUAAAAUGUCCCUUCUGGUCUGUGCAGUGUGUCUCUCUUCAAGACUAAUGGGUUUUCUGUGCAAGUGUAGAACUCACUAUACAUCUCCACUUUUGCUUGUGCAGAGGGCUCAGAGUAUUAAGUUUCUGAGGCUAUGCAUAUUGGAGAGAACUUAGUCUGAUAGUACCCUUUGUGAAAUUGUGUGAGAGAGAAAUGCAGUGUUGAUCCUACUGCAAACCAGUUCUCUCAUCUGUACAUUUUUUUCAUGUUAAACCUUCAGUUUAUAAUGAAUCCAGACACCUGUUUGCUGUAAGUUUAAAAGCAGUGAAAUUACAUGGUUUGGACUUGUUCUGUGCUUUGUAAAAGGCAGAGAUCUUUAUUUGGUUUUCUCUGAUCAACAUAGUUUGCAUUCCAGGCAACCACGGUGUGCUCUUAAUUAAAAAAAAAUAUAUAUUCCCUACUCCUCUUCAAACAUUGAAUGUAUUCUGUUCUCGUUAAUUUUUCAUUAACUGUUACCAAAUCAAAAUAUACUCUUUCAGCAUGA